UUAGGGUUGAGACAGGCAGCUAGGGUUUGGUGGUUUGUUGUGUCCGCGGCCGAUUCGACUCGAGUCUUCUCUUCUCCCCAGGCGCGCCGGCAGUAGCGAAUAUGAGUGGCAAGCAGCCCGCGGCGAAGAGCUCCUUCAAGCAGGAGCAUGAUCUCGAGAAGAGAAAGGCCGAGGCUGCUAGGAUUAGGGAGAAGUACCCAGAGAGAAUUCCGGUGAUUGUUGAGAAGGCCGAGAGGAGUGACAUCCCAAACAUUGACAAGAAAAAGUAUCUAGUUCCAGCCGACUUGACGGUUGGGCAGUUUGUCUACGUGAUCCGCAAGCGGAUUAAGCUCAGCGCCGAGAAGGCGAUCUUCAUCUUUGUAAAUAACGUUCUCCCUCCCACUGCCGGAAUCAUGUCUGCAAUCUACGACGAGCACAAAGACGAGGACGGUUUUCUGUACGUUACAUACAGUGGCGAGAACACGUUCGGCCUCUCGCUAUGAAGGAAGAAUUCCCGAAAAAAAAAAAAGGAAAGAGAAGAUGAUCCCCAUCCACAACAGCCGGCAAUCACACACUUCGCGCCACCACACCUCCUUUCAAGUCUAAGAAGAAGCUGUACAUUUGCUAAAAGGGUCACUAUUGCUGCUGUUUAGAACAGGGUCAGUCUGUCCAGGUCUUGAUCUCCUUUUCUUUCUGUUUAGGUGGGCUUUUCAUGUACAUAUAGUUUGGAACUUGAAAACUCUUCUCUUUUUGAGUU